UUAAAUGCCUUGUCCCAGGGUGCUUCGAGCCAGUGUCAGCGUGGUCUCAGCCCAGCUCUGGAAAUGGUCGCAGAGUGUCUGCAGCCCUCUGGCCAUGGUCAUGGGCAACGACUGUCCGCAGCGCAGACACUCAGCCUGCAAGUAUCUGGGUGUCCCCUGUGUGCCAGGCAGCAGGACCUAGCAGUGAGCAAGACAGACCAGCCCCGGAGCAGACAAGAAACGGACUGUCCGACUGGGUGAGAGGGCAGUGGCAUGGAGUCUCUUUUUCCUGCUCCAUUCUGGGAGGUCCUCUACGGCAGCCACCUGCAGGGCAAUCUGUCCCUCCUGAGCCCCAACCACAGCCUGCUGCCCCCCCACCUGCUGCUCAACGCCAGCCACAGCGCUUUCCUGCCACUAGGGCUCAAGAUCACCAUUGUGGGGCUCUACCUGGCCGUGUGUGUCGGGGGGCUGCUGGGGAACUGCCUCGUCAUGUAUGUCAUCCUCAGUUCCAUGUCCUGGGCUUGAGCAGACAGGGAAGGGUGCCUGACCCACAGCAGUCCCCAGAGAGGGUGACACGCAGGAACUGCCCUGGAGGUGGCACAGUGUUUUCAGAGCCUGAAGAACACACCAAGAUGAAGACAGCCACCAACAUCUACAUCUUUAACCUGGCCCUGGCAGACACUUUGGUGCUGCUGACCCUACCCUUCCAGGGCACAGAUGUCCUCCUGGGCUUCUGGCCAUUCGGGAAUGCCCUGUGCAAGGCGGUCAUCGCCAUCGACUAUUACAACAUGUUCACCAGCACCUUCACCCUGACUGCCAUGAGCGUGGAUCGCUAUGUGGCCAUCUGCCACCCCAUCCGCGCCCUGGACGUCCGGACGUCCAGCAAGGCCCAGGCUGUCAACGUGGCCAUCUGGGCGCUGGCCUCCCUUGUUGGCGUUCCUGUUGCCAUCAUGGGGUCAGCACAGAUCGAGGAUGAAGAGAUUGAGUGUCUGGUGGAGAUCCCCACCCCACAGGACUACUGGGGUCCUGUUUUUGCUGUCUGCAUCUUCCUCUUCUCCUUCAUCAUCCCCGUGCUGAUCAUCUCUGUCUGCUAUAGCCUCAUGAUCCGGCGGCUGCGUGGCGUCCGCCUGCUCUCUGGCUCCCGCGAGAAGGACCGGAACCUGCGGCGCAUCACACGGCUAGUGCUGGUGGUGGUGGCCGUGUUUGUGGGCUGCUGGGCACCUGUCCAGGUCUUUGUGCUGGUUCAGGGGCUGGGCGUCCAGCCGGGCAGUGAGGCCGCUGUGGCCAUGCUGCGCUUCUGCACAGCCCUUGGCUAUGUAAACAGCUGCCUCAACCCCAUCCUCUAUGCCUUCCUGGAUGAGAACUUCAAGGCCUGCUUCCGGAAGUUCUGUUGCACACCCACCCUGCGCCGGGAGAUGCAGGUGUCUGGCCGUGUGCGCAGCAUUGCCAAGGAUGUGGCUCUUGCCUGCAAGACCUCUGAGACAGUGCCGCGGCCUGCAUGACUAGGCGUAGACCUGCCCAUGGUGCCUGUCAGCCCGCAGAGCCCCACACCCAACACGGAGCUCACCCAGGUCACCGCUCUUUAGGCUGACAUGCAACCUGAGCCCCGAGUGUCACCAGCCUCGGUGCCUUCUCUGGGGUCCCACAGGGCUCAGUGACAUCACGGGACAGGUCAGAGCGUCAGGGCUGCUCCCAUGGGGCCGGUCAGAUUAAAGCUGCUUCCUGAUGCGGGAUGGGGAGGAGCACAAGGACUCACUAGUGAGCAUGCCCGGCCAGAGCCCACCAACACGCCCCAGCUUCAUGGGACAUUUCUGGCCUCUCCCUGCUGCACCUUGCAUGCUCUGGGUGGGCACUUGCCUGGAGGUGUAACAGCAGCAUAUACGCUGUGCUGGGUGCUGUCGGCACAGAGCCCCGAAGCCUCUGCUCUGAGCAGCUGGAAGAGCCUGGUGCUGCCUGAGCGCCAGCAGGCAUCUCUGGGCAGUGGGACUCUUGCCUGUGCCUCGUGCUGUCCCCUAUCCUCGUCCCCCACCCCUGCUUCCCUUCAGAGCCUUCUCAGCAAACCUCUUCCUUCCAAUAGCCGCAAACGUGGCUGCCCAGGUAUGGGAAGGUGGCUCAUACCUGGGGGGCUCAGGAUGGAGCCUGUGUGACCACCGAGGGCCACUCCAUCAUUCUCCAAGUGGCCCUACAUGCCGAGUCUUGGCCGUUUAGUGCUGGGUGGGCUCUGUGCUCUGUCUGGUGGUCCUGUGCCCCCCUUGGGCUCUCCCUCUCACUUUUCCUUACCUUGAAAUCAGAGGCCAGAAGCUAUGCAAUUGACAAGACUCUGUGCCCUGUUUGGAUCCUGUGGCUUUGGAAGGGUGGCAGUGAGGACAGGUUCUGCCCUGCACCCCUAGUGACUGACCCCCAGCUUCAUCACAAGCCUCCAGAUGUCUGUGGGAGGCCUGAGCUCCCUGCUGCCUGGACUUGUCUUAAAUGGUGCCAGUCAGGAGAUGGUUUCACGUGGGCACUGGUGUGAGGAGUGAGGCUUGGCAGGGCCUUCUGCGAGGACUGGGCUGCACGCACUCCAGGUGUGAGUCCCUGCUGUGGCCACCAGGGAAGCACAUGCCCUGGCCACAGAUGGAACCUGCAGGCUGCUGAGUUUGCAGAUGGAUGCCUGGGAACCUGCAGCACUGAAGACUGUGGUGCCUCCACCUGUAAGCUCAGGCCGUGACCAGGUGACCUCAGUCACUGGCAACGAACAGGAGGUGCUGACUUGGGCUGGCUUCUGCUUCGGGGAGCCUGGCCCUGUGGGGCUGCUCCUGAGACAGCUGUCUCAUGCUUCCUGUGGUUGGAGGCUUUGCCAGGGCAGCAAUGGCUGUGGUAUUUUCUUGCCAAAACUGAGAGAUUUGUGAAUUUGUGCUGUUACAACACAUAUCUUUAUGUAUUUAUGCAUGUGACAAGUGUGAGAUCCCCUGCACGUGACCAGCCCUGAUCCUGUCUCCAGGGGUCACAACGGAGGGCCAUAAUAAACCCCUGCCUGCUGACCAGGGUGCAUCCCUCGUAACAGG